CGUAGAAGGCUACGACAACCAGCAAAAGAAGAAGAAUAACAAAAGCAGCCACAGAUUUUCAGGGCAGUACACACAACCCCUUCUGGGUUAACAUUUACUCUUAUUUAGAAGAAGAAAAAAUGUAAGUUAACUGGAACCAAAGAGGGAUUUGCGGUCUGGAGGCUUGUGUGAUGUAGCAGCUUGUCAGAAGCAACGCUGUUAUUGUUUUCAGACCUGUUUUCGUUUGUGAAUCCCGGCAGCUAAGCUAGCUCUGAGGUUAGCUCCUCUUCAACUGGCUAGUCAACGUCUGACAGAAUUUCUGACCUGAGAUAGUCAGCCCGUGUUUACCGUCCAAAUUAACCCUACACAUCUCCCUUAGCCUGCUCGGUGCUACUCAUCAGUGUAGAGAUGGGAAGUCUGGGCAGUAGGUUCCAGUCCCCCUCUCAGGGACCAGAGGAGGCUGCAGAGGGCACAAAUAACAGCCACAAGCAUGGAUGUGAGUGUCAGAAGAGGAAACGAAAUGCCCCGUGUGACUGUGACAGUGAACAAGAGGAGGACGAUGCCAUACUGGAUACACCUCGCAGGAAGAAAUUGAAAAGCACAUCACGAUACAUUUAUCAGACUUUGUUUCUGAAUGGGGAGAACAGUGACAUUUGCAUCUGUGCUCUGGGACAGGAGUGGAACCUCCACAAAGUGUACCUGUGUCAGUCAGGGUAUUUCUCCAGCAUGUUCAGCGGCUCUUGGAAGGAGUCCAACAUGAUGGAAAUCAAUUUGGAGAUUCCUGACCAGAACAUCGACACUGAAGCUCUACAAGUCGUAUUUGGAUCCCUGUAUCGGGAUGAUGUUCUGAUCAAGCCCAGCAGAGUUGUCAGUAUUCUUGCAGCUGCUUGUAUGCUACAGCUGGAUGGUUUGAUCCAGCAGUGUGGAGAGACCAUGAAGGAAAAUAUCAGUGCGAAGACCGUGUGUGGCUACUAUGCUUGUGCCAGCAUCUAUGGCUUGGAUUUAGUCAUGAAAAAGUGUCUUGAGUGGCUUCUGAACAACCUGAUGACCCACCAAAAUGUCGACCUGAUGAAAGAACUUGGGGCAGAGGUGAUGGAGCAGCUCAUUCAGUCCUCUGACCUGUUUGUCAUGCAGGUGGAGAUGGAUGUAUACACUGCUCUGAAAAAAUGGAUGUUUCUGCAGCUCAACACGUCAUGGGACGGCCCAAUUAAGCAGCUUCUGGCUGAUGCUGAUGCGUGGCUUUGCAAACGCAGGACAGACUUGUGUGAGAAAGAGCCCUUCUUGAACACAGAGGAGGGCGAACCUUUCCGUUCAGUGUUCAAAUACGUUCGUCUCCAGUAUAUUAUCAAUGAUCUCGCAUCUGCACGCAUUCUGGAGAGAGACAAUAUUUUGCCCCCUGAUUGGUUAACGACGGUGUACAAAAACCAGUGGUUCGCUAUGCUCCGGACAGAAUUUGACAAUGAUAAUGGUCCCCAGGAAGCCAACAAAGACGAGUUUGAGCUGAGCAGUAUGAGGUGCGGCAGGAAACUGACUAAAGAUGGAGAUUACUGCUGGCGGUGGACAGGCUUUAACUUUGGUUUUGAUCUGCUGGUGACCUACACAAACCGUUUCAUAGUCUUCAAAAGAAAUACUCUGAGUCAGCCAUGUGGGGGCGCUGUGAGUCUGCAACCUCGAAGGCAUCUGGCAUUCCGGUUACGUCUUGCCUCCUUUGAUAGCCGUGGAAAGCUGGUCUGCAGUCGCUCAACAGGUUACCAGCUUCUCACUCUCGAGAAAGACCAGGAGUAUGUGGUGAUGAACCUUGACAGCCGGUUGUUAACAUUCCCCCUCUACGUGUGCUGUAACUUCCUGUAUACGUCGCCUCACUCUGACUCCCGUCCAGAUUCCUCAGAACAAGAAAGCACUGCUCGCAGCGUGUCUUGAUGCCUGUUGAGCAGCCAUUAACUGCUACUAUUCCUCUGGGAAAGCUGAGACACUGACACAAGCUUGUACGUACAAUCCACCGCCACAUUUAACAUCACUUUGACAUUGGACAUACCAUCUGCAUGCUACGUAACACAGUGAGGUGUUUAGGGGAAAUGUUUUGUAUCUGUGUAUCCAGUGUUUUUGGCACAGUCAGAAUUAGCUACACAUACAUUGGGUUUACAGUGUAACAGAGACAGUGGCCAGGAGAGAUUAGGCCACCUUUUGUCUUCAAAGCAGCUUCAAACUGUGGACCUCUGCCAUGAACUGUCUGCACUGGGAUGUUGGACCAUUUCUCAAGGUGGAAAACCCCCAGGUCAUUUAUAUUAAUGGAACCACUCUGGAAUUCAUUUAUCAGUGUGUAUGGGGGCAUUAUCAUCCUUGAAUAUGGGAACACCAUGAGGGAACAGCUCCAGAGGGACCUUUAUUGACUUUUAUGGUGAUGUGGUGAGAGGUGUGGCCCUGCACUCUACUGAUGGGCGCGCUCAAAAACUCACCUGUCUUUUGUACUGAUUUAAAUUAACGGCUCUGUGCAGCAAGCACACAAAAUACCAUUCAUACCAACAGUGUCCUAAACAAUCAAGACACAUAUUUCACAUGACUUGGGGCUACUGAUACUGUACAAUCUCUGCCAACACUUACCACAUACCACCUUCACUCCAUGUAAGCGCCCUUGCCCCAAUGGAGCGCAGCUGAUGACAACAGGCAUCACUUUUGAAUUGCAAAAAAUGAACUGAUAGAUGCCGUAAAAGCAGCAGUUUCAGUCUGUGUUGUAACACUCUUUAACCCCUGCAGGUCCACCUCACUCAGUCUUAAUCUAGUCUACACCAGAGCAGCUUCUGUUUUUCAGAUUGGAAAGGUCACCACCUCUUCAGUAAACUGAAGGAAACCGCAUCACUACUCCAAGAUUAUACACAGUAUCAAGAAUCCUUUGUACUUUGUAAAUAACAUUUACCGCAAUAUUCACAUUAUAAAACAUUGCAUACAUGUGAUAAAAGUAAUGUCACGAAGCCCAAGUAGCCAUGCUUAUGUUACACACCUCUAUAUAAACCUGCAUCGUGAGGUCAAUAAUCCAGAUUAAACCAAUAAUCUUUAUUCAUGAGACCUGAGCCUCAAUUACACAGUUUACACUUGGACGUACAAUCCUUGAUACCAGCUUUCUGAUGUUCACAGCAUAAUGUGCAAACUCCAAACAAACAGAAAUGUUGACUGACUACAGAUUUUGUGACAUUCUGCAGUGUUUACCAGCUACACUGUCAAAUCUCCAUUUACUGUUGUUACUGGAAUCCACUGAUCCUGUUUUGCAGUGCAGUUUGUCCCUUGACACAUUAAGUACCUUUGCAGUUAUGUUGUUGUACACGUUUGUACUAUUGAUUAGGCAGUUUUGUAAAUCUGUUACCUCAUGCUGUUUUGAAAACCUGUAAAGCAGACAUGUACUGCCAACACAUUCUCAGUAUGACUCGCCUGUAUAGCUGUAACUGUCAUAAAGUUUAAGGUGUUUUUUUAUUUUUAUUUAUUUUAUGACUUCAUUUGUAUUUGUAUGGAUUUAUUUUUGCAAAAGAAAAUACAAUUUUCGACAGCCAAUAAAACUGCCCAUUCACAUGGGCUAUGGUGCUAUCACACAA